UAUAUCUAACGCCAAUCAGGCAAGAUCUCUUUCUGGAUCACAACGACGAAGAAGAAGCACAACGAAUCUCAAUCUCGAACUCGUCUCUCCUGUUCAGGCCAUUCUGGUAUUAAAGCAGUUUGUUUCCAGUGUUUACAACCAAAUUCUCAGGAAAGUUAAAAGAAGAUUCUGUUAUACUUGUGGUAGUUCCAAGUGCUCAUCCAUACAGGGAAUAGAGAGAUCUUUCAACUCCCCCUAAUUUUUUCAUUAUGGCAACUAAUGAAAAUCUUCCUCCUAACGUAAUAAAGCAACUUGCAAAGGAGUUGAAGAAUCUUGAUGAAACCCCACCUGAGGGCAUCAAGGUAGGUGUAAACGAUGAUGACUUUUCAACCAUAUUUGCUGAUAUUGAAGGUCCAGCUGGGACUCCAUACGAAAAUGGUAUUUUCCGCAUGAAGCUGAUUUUAUCUCAUGAUUUCCCACACUCCCCUCCCAAAGGUUAUUUUCUGACAAAAAUAUUCCAUCCAAAUAUUGCGACCAAUGGUGAGAUUUGUGUCAACACACUGAAAAAGGAUUGGAAUCCAAGUCUUGGAUUGCGACAUGUUCUCCUUGUGGUCAGGUGUCUACUGAUAGAACCAUUUCCAGAAUCAGCCCUGAAUGAACAGGCUGGCAAGAUGCUACUUGAAAAUUAUGAGGAGUAUGCCCGGCAUGCCAGGCUCUACACUGGAAUUCACGCAAUCAAACCAAAACUCAAAUCCAAGACAGGAGCCAUCUCUGAGUCCACAACAGCCUUGAAUGUUGACCAAACAAACACAACAAUGAACAUUGACCAAAAGAGCGCAGUAUCCAGCACUACUACAGUGUCACUGUCUCCCUCGUUGCCUUCUUCUACGGCAGCCAUCAAAGGGGUAACAACAAACUUACAGGAUCAGCAAACAGUUGGUGCUUCAGAGACAAAUGGAACUACUGCUGUAGGUGGAUCAACAGCAGGAGUACAGAAGAAGGAAUCUGGAGUGGUAAAAGUCCAGGCGGACAAGAAGAAGAUGGAUGCAAGAAAGAAAAGCUUGAAGAGAUUAUAGGAGGAAUGCAAGGGAAAAAGAAAAGAGUAAAACAUCUCUACAGAACUUCGUUGUGGCUGCUGACAUUUUAUAUCCUUUGAGGAGGGGGGAGGGGAUAUGGACGGUAACAGAAAUAACAUGGAAAAACAAAGUUGGAACCAGAAGGGGGGAGAUUGUUCUCAAAAUGGGAAAAUGAUGAUGGAUGAUUAGAUUAUGUUAUAACAUUAACCUUGUUCUAUGUGCUAUAUAUAUAUAUAUAUAUUGACAUUUUCUUUUCCUUCAUUUUGGAAGACACUGUUGUGUAAGAUAUGGCUGUCGUGAAAGCAAAAGCAGUUCAAGCAGUUCAUGUUGCA